UCAUAUGUGGGAUAAGUUGUGUUACAGACAGCUGACGGAGAUGUAUUUCUGUAACGUAACAUAUUUUGUAUAUUUCUGAGUUGGGAAUGGUCAACAGCGAGAACCAUACUCUGGGAUAUUAUAAUUGGUAUAUUGUUUAAAGAGUGUUUCUGAUCAGAGUGACAUAUUCGAGGAACAGUUUAAACCCAUAUAUCGUUUAAGUGCUUCUAUAUCUUAAAUUAUGGGAUUCGUUAGGAAAAAGAAGGAGAAAAAGGACCCCAACCGACCGAGGUAUGGUUUAAUAAUCAGGAACUUCUCCUCGUCAGAAGGAAGUGAUGAAAGUGCAGACGAUUGUACCGAAGAUGUCGAGACAAAUACACCUCAGAAAGAACCAGACGUUAAAGAUCAAAGUUCUGACCAUUCUCUUAAAGACCAAAACCAAGGUCAAACUCACAGGGUUGAAGUUCAAGGUCACGCUCACAAUGGUCACAGUCAUAGCCACGGAGAUGGAGAGGGCUGCCCAAUUCAUGAUCAUGACUUUGAGUAUUUCCAGAAAAAGCUGAAAGAAAACAAACAAAACCAGCGCAACAAAAAGACGAAAAGUUUCCAGAGUUGGAAGAAUAAAGUUAAGGAAAAUGAAAAACCUUGUAGUAAAGAAGAAUAUUCCAUAGCAAAGCAUUUGCGUUUCAACUGUCAAAGUCGGGAUGCCAAGUUUAUCCCUAUGGGAACCGUUGUCAAGACAUUUGUUGCAUCAGAUGCAAUUGAUUUGCUGCUGAAAUCGAAAUGGGCCAAGCCAAGUAAGAGUGAUAUUUUGUUGUCCGACAGAAAAUCUUGUGAGAAGUUCUGUGAGAGGUUACUACAGAAGGGACUGUUUCACCGGGCAUUAAAGUUAGAGAGACGGAAAGACAAAGUCCUUGACAAAAAGAAGAAAAAGAAGAAGGCAGAAGAGGUGGAAAAUGAGGAAGAAAAGGAUAAAAAGACCACAAAAAAAAAGAGUAAGAAAGACAAGGCAAUAGAAGAGAAAGAAACAGAUGAAAAGGAGGAAGACAAAAGUGAGGACAAAAGCAAACAAGAAGACAAGAAGGAUGAAGAAAAGAAAAAGGAUGAUGAAAAGAAGAAGAAAGAACGAAAACUGAAAGUUGACAUGCACGAUGAUCAGAUCUUUCUCGAUGGAAGUGAUGUAUACGUGUGGAUCUACGACCCUGUUCCAGCAAAGACUUUUGUUAUAGGCCUGUUAAUGGUGGUGGGCGCAGCAGCUCUGUGUGUGUUCCCCCUGUGGCCAGAUGAGUUGAGAGUAGGCGUAUACUACUGCAGUUUAGCUGGGGCCAGUUUCGUCGGGUUCAUCUUGUUCCUUGUUCUAGUUCGAUUCCUACUUUUUUGUGUCAUUUGGACUGUGACUGUUGGAAAAAUUCAUUUUUGGUUUUUACCGAAUCUGACAGAAGACGUUGGAUUUUUCGAUUCAUUCAAACCUUUGUAUAAGUGUGACAUUUACAAUGGGAAGGAAGAAGAAGAUGAUAUCAAGAAGAAAAAGAAAGAUAAAAAACAGGAUAAGGAAAAGGAGGUCAUGGAAAAACAGGAAGCACAAGAGCAGGGCUUUGAAUUGGUGCAGAAGGAAGAUGUAGAGGAAAACAUAGAUGAAAGUGAGAAGAAAAUAUCAGAAGAUGAGAAGGAAGUUGAUGAAGAUGAAGAAAUAAAUGAGGAUGAAGAAGAGGAUAUAGAUGAAGAAGAAGAUGUCGAUGAACAUGAAUAUGAAAGUAAAAAAGAAAAGUGAUUUUCCUUUUACAAGCAAAAUAUUUGGAACUUGGACAAAUUCUGUUUUUAAACAUUUUAGAAUUCAGUAAUAGUACUGAUAGCACAGUAUUUUACCUGCCAUAAGCAAAGGUGACUACUCAUGUGAUGGUGGCAUACAAGAGGAGCUAUUGUCUGAACAGGAUAGCUUAGAUAAUGUGUUUUUUUAUCACUCACGAAUUAUUUUAUCAGUUUGAUAACAAAUAUACAAAACACCUUAUUUCAUUAACCUCUAAACAUUUGGAAUAGGAAUUUUAAUACACAUUUUUAAUAAAGUUGUUUUCAAUCUGGAUUUACCACUGUAAAAAGAGUAAACUCCUGUAUUUUAUUUUCAUUUUGUGCAUAGUUGAUUUUCAAUAGAAUAUACAUGAAUGAACUUAAAAUUACAAACAUUUUUUGUUUUACUAAAUAUGGCAUAUUUCCAAAUUUUCUCUAACUCUUUUUAAAGUGUGUAUUCAGGCUAUAUUUCAGUGUGAAAUAUCUAUUUAGCGUUUUGUAUUUCUGAAACACAAAUAUGUUUUUCUAUAUUUUUCUAAUGAAUUUUACUGCCAUUUUGGAAGAUGAUUUAAUUAUAAGGUAUGUACAAUAAGUUUGUAUUAAAGUAUUUGUGAGUUAUCCCUCAAAAAAAUAUGUUAACUGAGUUAUCCUGCUCAGAAUUAGGUGAAUGUGAUCCUUUAAACAAAAGGUAUGGGCCUUUUGUUUAGAUCUGAUAGAGUUGUCUUUCUCAGACAAGUUGAAUAUGUUUUAUUAUAACACAUUAUAGCAGUAGUCAGCUGAUACGAGGAGUAGUCAGUGGUCAGCUGAUACGAGGAGUAGUCAGUGGUCAGCUGAUAUGGGGAGUAGUCAGUGGUCAGCUGAUGCUGGGAUUGGUCAGUUCUGAUGCCAUAUUUACAGUAUACAAUAUUGAAUAAACAUAUGGACACUGACAUUUAUGUAUAAUGAAAGAUUUGUCAAAAGCUGAGGUACACUGUUUUGUAUUGACAUUUAGCAGUAAUCACAACCUGAAACAUAGAUAAGAAUUUCGUAACUUUGAUACUGAUAUGAGGCAACUUUUAUUUCUAGAUGUUCAGGGACCUAUACAUUUUCUGUGAUGAUUUCUGUUUCUUUAAAAUUUUAAUCUGAGAAAGAAAAUCUCUUGGAUUUUAUUUUGUUGGAAAUUGAAGAGUCUUAAUCAAAUAUUUUCUGUAUAGAUGGAAUCUUAUUACAUUUCAAAUGAGGUAUUCCACACAAGUGCUCUACGAUAGGAUUGGCUAAAUCUCUCGGUGCACAACAUUGCUAGUGUGAAUGUACAGUGAAUAUAUGAACAUUUUAACUUACUCAAGGUCUGUCAUAGAAGCUUGUAUGAUCUGUAUCAAUUUAAUGUUACAAUUUAUCAGAAUAAUCUGGUAUUCCUCACUUGUAUGAUCAUUGCCUCAUCUGUGUACCAAAUCAUUAGUCAAAUUACAUUAUCAAAAUGAUUUUGAAAUUGAAAAAGCUCUUUGAUACAUAAAAAGCUGCAGAAUUUUAAACCAGAGGCAGAGAUAAAAUUGGUACACCAGUCAUGACAUAAGUAUCCCAGAUGAAAAUAGUUUCUCCAACAGAACAUCUGGUAAUCCUGGCACACAACAAUACUGUUUAAUUCUAGUCUUGUGUAUUUGUACAUUGCAAAUUUGUCAGUCUGCAUUUUUACCUCCUGCCAAACUUGUUUUUUUUGCAAGAUUGUUUAUAUUCUUGAAUACUGUAGUAGAGCGCUGCCCAUACAUACAUAGUCCAGUUAUAGAUGUAAUGUAGUAAAAUGUCUGUACUUUGUAAAGAAGGAUGGACAGUUGGUAAAUGUUACAUGUUACAUUAAUCAUUGUACCUGUGAAUUGUGUGAGAUUAUUCACACAUGUUUUAUUGAUGAACAAAGAUGAGACGGCAAUACAGUAAAGCUGUAUAAUUUGUUAAAGUUAUCUCCCUUCUUUAAAGUUAUCUCCCUUCUUACAAUGGGAUUGGUGUUCAGUUGUCUUCUGAGUGUUCAAUAUUAACAACUUUUGAAUAUGUCAUGAAUUAAGUUGCCAAAUCAAGGUUGUAACUCAUGAAGGACAUGUUAUAUAUUUCUUGCCGAACUCUUCUGAUGGGAUUUUGAUGUCACAGUAAGAUAUGAUAUAGCCUUAAGUGUCGGUAUGUGUUCAUUCAAACACGUCUCUAAAUAUUGAUAAAAGUUGCUCUUCGAGGACAUUUUUGUUGUUAAUUUUGCUAUACAUCUUUAUUGUUAGUUAAAAUCAGUUUUUACUGCUGUUGUAUUGGUGGAGGAGAGUGGAGCAUCACUGAUUAAUAGAUAUACAUUUGACUCACCAUUAAGAUAAGCUGGGAUUUAUUGAGAUAGAGUGAUUGACUUUUUAUCUGCAGUGCUGACAAACUGGGAAAUAGUCAGGAUUUCAAAAGGACAUUGUAAUAUUUAAAAAUACACCUGUAGCCUCUGUCAUUUUUGAGUAGUGUCAGAAUAUAGUCUCAUCUGGAGUACAGUUGAAAAUGGCCGAAUUUUGUAUCAGAAGAUUUAAAAAAAUGACCAUAUGGGGCCAGAAUGAGGUGAUUUGUGCCAGUAACACUGUCUCUAUGCUGUUAGGUGUCAUUUUGUUAUAUUGUCUUGUAGCAAGGAAAAAAAAGGUGUCAUUUUUGUUAUAUUGUCUUGUAUCACAGGGAAAAAAAUGGUUCACUGAAAAUUCUAACAGGUUACGCAAUUGAAUAAACAACUGUUGUAGAAAUAUUUGUAUUGUAUCAUGUUAUAUUUUUUUCUAUUCAAUAAAAUCCUGCCAUUACUCUAAAUGCUCCUUGAGAGCAGAUAAGGACUUUCAUGCACUUACUUCAGUCAAAGAACAGAAGUGUAUCGGACAAGAACUGAAUUCGGCCCCCAAUUAUUGUAGCAAACAAUUUUGAGAGAAAGAAUUCAUAAAAACAUUUUAAAAGGCAAGUUAUAUGUUAAGAUAUUAUUACACAACAUGACAUUUCAACUUUUGGAUGAGUGUAAGUGAAAAAAAGUUUAAAAGUUUAAAAAUUGAUUUGUCUGAUCAAAUGCAUAUGUGUAUUUUUUGUACAUAUCUGUAUGCAUUCACAUGUCUACAAGUGUGUGUGUGUGUGUGGGGGGGGGGGUUACCAAAAAAACUUCUUAAUUCAACUGUCUGAGAAAAUGCACGUCUAUAACAUCAUUGCAUUAUAUUUCUUAUUUUUUCCAAUGCUUAUGAUAUGUAUAAAAUAAAAAUAAAACAGUACCUGGGGAAUAUAAUUAGGGCUGCAACGAUAUAUCAUGUGACAUUAUAUCGUGAUAUUUUGAAUAAGUUCAAUACAGAUUAAGUUUUGGAGGUUACGAUACACCUAUGAUAUUUUCAAGAUUUUGUUGUUUCAGAAUUAAAUCCACUUACAUAGGUUCAAACAUGGCAAGUGAAAGCUCCCACUCGCUGCAUGCAGGUCGAAAGACGUGAAUUGUGUGAAAUUUCCAUUUUGGACCAAGUCUGUUUCCAUGGAGUUGUAAUAUUGCCAUUAAAAUUUUGCAACAUA